AGGCCUGAUACUCAGGCUACAGUCUAAUUUGAGCGGUGUUGAUUUUAGGAGUCAGAUUAGAGGAGAUGCUACUGGAAGAACAUCAAAAGUUAGAAACUAACAGCUGAACGUCGAGCUGUUUAGCUACGGCAGGGUAAGGAUUCUUAUCUUUGUCUGUUUUUUUUUCCUUUAAGUCUCCUCUUUAACUAAAGACUAUGCAGCAAUAUUGAAUUUAAUAAGCAAUGUUCGCAAGUUUAGCUGAGCUUAAAGUGCAGCUUGAACUUUUAAAGAAGUUCAAGAAAAAUUAUUUCCACCUAAAAUAUUAAUGAACUCCUCUUUAUCGAAAUUGUAACGUUAACCAGCUUAACCAAGAUGAAACGCGUUGGUAUUUUUGACGAGAAAAUCAUACGAUCAACCCACUUCCGGCUUUGAGCACUGAUUGAACUAGCAUCGAGUCUUACACAGUAAGCUUAUGUAUUUUGAAAUAAUGAACGAACAUUUUGAUUCUUCAGUGGUAAUUAAUGGCCGCCAAGGCAUUUCGAUCAAAUUGUAAGUCGGAAUAAUGCAACUUUUUUUCCUCUUAAAUAAGUAAAUACUUUCUUGUAUUCAACUGCGUAAUAUCAUUAGCUCGUGAAUAUUCAUUUCCGCAAGUACCAUAUCCGAAACGAGAAGUAAACACAGACACGUUUUAUGUGCAUGAGCUACCGUAAAAUUCCGAAAAUAAGCCCCGGGGCUUAUAUUUUUCAAAGGCCCUUUUUGAGGGGCUUAUUUUUGGAGGGGCUUAUAUUCGGAGGGAAAUUUUGCGUUUCUAAAUUGACUGGGCUAGCCUUAUAGUUGGAAGUAAAUCUAUCGUUUUUGCUAUGUUUUACUUUGUAUUUGAGUGUAAUUUUCCAAGUACAAGCCCCCGGGGGGCUUAUAUUUGGAGGGCCGAUUCAACGGAGGAUUUUUUGCGUUAUCCGUUUGGGGGGCUUAUAUUUGGAGGGGCUUACACAUGGAGGGGCUUAUUUUCGGAAUUUUACGGUAUUUUGAAUGCUUCAGUGUAACAGUAUCGGCAAUCUACUGUUUUAAUCCUAAAUUAAGGCUAUGUUUUGUGCGAACUUGGGUAUUGCUGUAGAUUAAUGAAAACGAGAACCGCAGCGCAUAGCUGACUUAUUCGAUCUGAUAAAUUCACUUUUCUUUGUCGUUUCUUCAGACAUCUGGUGCAAAAUAAAACAAUUUGUUAAAGCACUAUGAAUAUAAACUCACCAAACGUUGCUUAGAGGGAAGACUCGAAGGUUUCAAGGUUUCUUCAUGGUUUCUUAAAAUAAUGGGUCGUCGAAUACCGAAUAGUUAAGACAUUUAUCAUUGUUGUAGAUGGUUGCAUCAUCAUUAUUCACGAGGUUAUCACGUGCGAUUCUAGUUUAAUGAAACAGUCUUUAACUCUCAGGGGCACCCAACGAGAAUGUGGUUCAGAACCACUUAAACAUAGCAUUGUUGAACGUAUUUUAGUAUUUAAGCGGUAGAUAUAGGCAUAUUUUUAUCCCCUAAAAAUGUUUCAUCUGUUAAGAUUUCCUAGCUGAAAAUCUAGUGAUCCGAAAAUUGUAGGGAUCAAAACUUACACCUUUUCGAAAAUUUCAGUCAGAAAAAAGGCUCCCGAAAAUUCUAGGUGACCUUUUUAUGAUUUUUUACCCUGGAUGAUACCUUAAAAAUGGCCCCAAUUAUACCAUUUUUUAGGUGUUAGAAAAUCCUAGUAGAGGCAGGCAAGCAAGAAAUUUUAGAACUAAUGUUCCGAAAAUUCUAGAUCUCAAGUCAUCUUCCGGACAGAUAUUUUUCAAAAAUUGACGUUGGGUGCCCAUGAGUUUUUACUUCUUAAAAGAAAAGAGCCUUUGUUUAGUUACUAGUUACAAAACUAAAGAUUUCUCUUUCACUUUUUACAUUCAGUUCAUUUUACUUGCCGGAAAGUAAGCCUUGGAAAUUAAAAGGACGUUUGAUCGAUUCACGUUCGCGCAUUCUAGUCUUAUUUGAAACUUUAUAACGAAGGACAUCUGUGAGCAGGGAAUAAGUCAGCACAGAAUUUGAUUGUCGGCGAAUUUCUGUAAUCGUCCAUCGUUCUGCUAGUGAUAAGCUAGCCGUUGUUCACUCGUCUUGCUUGUUUGGGGCUGAGUCUUAUUCCGGUCAAAGAGAGAGAAAGAGUGUCUGGCAAGGUUUCCAAUAUAAAUCAAAGAUUUGUGAACUCAUUUCUGGCAAACUCUCCAAGUGUUAUCAUACACAGUAAACGUACCUUAUAACCUCAUCUGCUCUUAACGAGUGUCUUUUGGUCCAUAACUUUCAAAACAACUGCUCCACAGAAUGUCCCUGCGUAACGCAAAAGAGUAUUGAAGUAUGACUGCACAAUAAAUGUCACAAAAUCUACCUGAGCGGUCCCUUCGGGAUUUUCUAUCUUUAAGCUGUUCAAGCAAUUCGAGAUUUUUUCCAUAUUGUCUGUACGACUGUAUAUUUCAACUGUAAGUACUUUCCUUAAUAUACACGCGAGCAAGAGCCAUAAUAGGACAGAGAGGGAGUCUCCCAGUCACGCCCUUGGGAUAUCUUAAUUUCAAAAAAGUUAUUUUUAGAACUAUGGGGACCAUGCGGUAAACUGGUUGACUUCCGGAAGAUUUAGCGGGCCAAAGCGAGGCGGGGUCAAUAAAUGAAAAAAACGGCUGCCUAAGUGGAGGGACGAUGUGGAGGGUGUGUACUUGAUCAAUUGUCCCUCUUCAACGAAGAACCUACCAUAGAAAAUGGUUAAAACUUCUACACAAACGGAUCCUUUACAAGAAACGGUAGAAAUGCAGUUAAGGCGACCGCGUGGACCAUCGUUUUUGUUGGAACAGCUGGAAAGAGGACAAGUAGCAUUGCGGCCCGGAUAAGCGUUGAACACAAAAUGCGCGGGUCCUUCAAAGACGACCGUACAAGCGACCGUGUGGACGUAUUUUCUGUUGAAAGAGGAAGGAAAAAAACGUAUAAAGGUUUCGAGUAUUUUUCUUAAGGACAUGACCAGGAAUCAUGUGGAAAACACCUUUUCCUGCUUUGACUGAUAUUUUGUACCGUGCUUCACAUUGGACAAUUAACAAUUAAGCACUUUAAUAUUCUUUAACACGAGGUGAAUAGAAGCGGAAUAUUCGCGGCAAGGUUAACUGUGAUGAAAACAAGAAAAUCUUUGCGUGUUGUUUCCCUCUCCGCCUCUUCUUUCGUAGUCUACUAUCUGUAGUGCAAUCUUAACGUUCUAUAUUUGCACGACUCAACCCAGUGCUACAAACAAAGGACAACGCUCGUCCAGCCGUGGUUCGUAGUCCGUAGUCUGCGUAUCUUAAACUCCCUAUUAUGGCUCUUGGCGCGAGUUACUAGAGUUGCCUCCUCGGGAUUUCGCCUUCUGGGUGAAAUCCCUGCGGGGGCAAUUACUGUGAAAAGCCAGCAUGAGAUGUAGAAUCACACAGUUUGCACGUGAAAGUGUCGGACUUUGCCCCUUUCGUGCUUCGUACGUGAGGGAAUUCGAGUUAUCACACGGUAAUCCAGUAAACAGAAUUAUAAAAAUAACUAAUGCACACAAUUUGCACUUGAAGAUGCUGGACUUUGGUUCUUUUACAUUUCGUAGGUAAAAAAAGGCAAAUUGUUAGUUUCUAGAAAAUUUUCUCCAACGAUUUUAAGAAAUCACUUCGGUUUUACAAUAUCUGCAAUUAAAUUAUGUUUCAUGCAACGUCAAGGUUCACAGCCUAACAUUUAUUAACUUCCAAGAAAAUUGUCAAUUGAAACUGCCGAAAUAUACUCUUACCCAUAUCAUGUUAUUCCACUCAAUAAAACAAUAUCUUAUAAAUGCCAACUACCGUCUUCCAACUUUAUUCCCUAACGCAAAUGUUUCUUUUUAAAGCCUGGUUUCCAUAUUAUCGCUACGAUCACUGUGAUCGCUGCUAUCGCUGAGACAAAAAAAAGUCAGCGAUCGCAGCGAUCAUAGUGAUCAUAUGGAAACCACUUUCCAGCGAUCGCUGAGAUAGCAAAAAAUCUUUCUCAGCGAUCGUUGUCGCUGCGAUCGCUGGAAAGUAGUUUCCUUAUGAUUGCUAUGAUCGCUGCGAUCGCUGAACGUUUUUUUUGUUAGCGAUCACAGCAAUCGUAGCGAUCUUAUGGAAACCAGGCUUAAGAUACGUAUCUUUACUGAAUAAAAUACGUUUCAAUAAGUAAAUUUAAAUAACUACAAUACUUAGUAAGCAGGAAGGAUGUAUCAUGUUGUUCACUUAUUCAUGCUUUUUUAUUUUUUUUUUUGGCCGGAGCGAAAAAGUUCUGUUGAACUUUAAAUUGUAAGCGAGAGAAAACUGAAUAAAGCUUGUUUACAGGAUUAGCAAUACCCGCUACAACUUCCAAAAAAAUAGGCUGCCUUUCAAACACCUAAAACCACAAUUUAUAGGCCGCAUACUUUCGAAUUAAAGUCCAUAUCUAAAUAUCAAUUUUGUUUCAUUGGAAGAGCUUUGAAAAUAUAUGAUCUUUUAUACUCUACCUUAAAGCAGGUGAAACAGAACUCAUAGAUACGUGCGUUGUACCUUUCGCGAUAACCUAAUUCGGUCAGAAAUGUCUUGAAGCAGCAUCCACGCUAAAAUAUGAACCCUUAAACAGCUGCAUCACUGUACACAGCGUUUGAAUCAUGAAGAUAUUUAAUGUAAUGCUUGUAAACACCUGUAGCCGUAAUAAAAGACGAAAUAUGAAGAAUCAAGAUGGCGGUCCAAUUUCCCUUUAGCAAUGCCAUGUUUAAUUCAAUUUAAUAGAUGCCAAGAUCUCAUUGGUUCCUAAGCAUCAACUCAUAGUACCUUUAACCUUAUUGGCUAUUGCAACAAACAUCCGGACAUACGAAGCCACAAAGAUACAUACGCUCACACCACUGACAUAUGAGCUAUUUUUUUAAAAUAGCUCAACAAUAACUGACCAAUCAAACCAACUUCGUUCCCAGGGUUCUCUCUCUUGCUUUAACAAGUAACUCAAUUCCCGGCCACAUUCCCAACAACCAACAACCCCCAACCCUCCCCCACCCCGCUCCCCCUGCAAUGAAACGGUUCACCUACUUCAUUUGAUGGCUCAGUAAAAUACUAUAGGCCUUCUGCGAGUUUCAAAAUAUAUUGCUUUCCAAACGAGGCUAAUUAAGUGCAAAACCGUGUUAGUGAAUUACCAAAAAAAUAUUUUUAUAUCAAUGGCUUCGCAAUUAGCCUGGCUGUAAAACAGAGGCUGAUGGAACAACUUGGAAAUUAUCUAUUUCAUGUUUGUCCAAUUUUUUGAAAGUUUCACAAAAAUCGCAGGUUCUGUUGAGGCCCUCUCAACCUCCUCUUUCACUGCUUUAUAAUAUUUUUGCAAAGUCUGUGUACAAACCUGGACAUAUCUCAUUAGAUCAUUUCAGUGCAACCCAGCUGCAGUUAGUAAUAUAUGAGACACUCGAUCCUGCAAGGAAACUGGCUGUGUGUAUUCUUGCUGUUGAGUUAUACCCCAAUAAAACAAAAACCAAAACAACUAGGCGAUAAGUUAGGCAAGUUUACCUUUUUUAUAUUAUUGUGUUUCACUAUUCAUUUGCAAGGCAGUGUCCAUGGAGUCUACCUGGUGAAGUGCUCUUCAAAUCCUUACCUCAAAAUGUCAGGCCUGUGAAUCCAACAGGACCCUUUUGUUUAAAAGGUGGAUACAUACCACUAUUCACUGGGUUAACUACAGCACUGACAGCUUGAGAGUCACAUUAGUAUUAUCUGACAAGUGGAAAGUAUGAUUAAUAUGUUACUAUAGCAAGGACUUAUAUUCCCCUUCAACAUGUAUUAAUCAGUCAUGGCUGCCUCAUCUGAUUAUCCUGAGGUCGUGAAAGCAACAAGGUCAACAAGGAGUCUGGACAAUUCAGAGGUUCAUUCUUUUUUUUAUUUCUUGUUACAAAAAGUUAAAUUACUUUAUUCAUGAAUAUUAUACUAUCGUUGACAUGUCAGCUUGCAUUUGUUGACUGAAAUGGUUGUCAUGUUGACUAAUAUUAAGCAUUAUUUCAAAUGAGGCCUGGUCAACAUUUGACUUGACAGUCGGCCAAUAUGUUCACAUAAGGGUGCUUUUAGUUCACAAGAUCCAAGAAAUUUAUGGUUAAUUAUGCCUUGUUUGUUUAGUGGAUAACUUCGAUUUACCUCUAUACACCUAAUUGAAGUUUGUGUUUUGUAUUACAUUUGAAAAAACGAAAGUGACAAAUACAUGCCAAAACACAUCAAAGUCAUUUCCCACGCAGAAGGGCAUUAGAUAUUUGUGACUCUUACAUACAGGGGGAACUAACGUGGUUGCGCAGUAGUAUCAAAUUGCAAGAUGGCGAAUCGUCUAAAGAGAGAAUUAUGCCCACCAUAGCCUGCGAAAGGCAGACGUUUCUCCUUGCUUAUCGCCGUUGAGGGACGUUUCGCGAGGAGAAACGUCUGCGACUCAGCGAAAGAAAUUCCAUACUGAUGACGCAAAAUCUGUCCGUAAUCCGGUCAGAAGCGCUAAUUGGUCGACGGAGUAGCUUCAUUGUUUUAGCUAUUGUUUACGAAUGACAGACAAAAGACAAAAGGCGGCAAAGGUCAAAUGUUAACGCGAUGAAUCUCUAACAAAACAGUCAAUAUUUGUGGAAUAUAGUCUUCUCUACAAGAAGCAUUUGAGUUUUGCUGGAUCUCAUUCGCAGAUAAACACAACACUUUUCCAAAAUUGACCAAGAUAAACGUAAAAUUGAGCAAAUUUGCAUUUGGAAGCCCAUGACUACCGGAUUUAUUGAGUAAACAUUGAUUUACGUAAUGAGUAUGGAAUUUCUGUCGCUGAGUCGCAGACGUUCCUCCUCGCGAAACGUCCGUCAGCGACGAUGAGCGAGGAGAAACGUCUGCCGUUCGCAGGCUAUGCACACCAAAACGUUAUGCAGAGAAGCAAAAUGAUCUGAAGGGUUGCAAUGCCAAAAAAAAUCGAAAACGGACAAAAAAUCUUUACGAUAUAGAGAUUGUGCGGGUGGACAAGGAAAGGAAACGAUUUAAAAUUCCUUUUGUUGGGUUUGGAAAUCAAUUCGACGAGUGGCGUGAUUUCAGUACCAGCGGUGGACAGUUUCCGUUUGUUUGGAGAAAAGUUUUGUCUCCGACGAAGAAUCAUUGGAGGACAGAAGGCAUAUUUUUCAUGGGCCUUUAUACCGAGCUAUUAAAAGAAAGAUGUGGUCAAGCCGGCGAGAAGACCCUGAGGUCAGGAUAGAAUUACCCAUAGAACCUGAUGUGUUUUCCUGUGAUCUCAGUCGGGCAACCAAAAGCAACUUUCAGAUAGCGGAAACAGAAAAAAAACUAGUUAAUUUAUUAACGAACGUCAAAACAAAAAUGAGGGGAAAAAAGGACAAUCAGAAAGUAAAAUGGUUAACGCGAUCGGUCGAGUUGAUCGGUCGAGUCUACUUAAUUGUUUAUUUGGAGCGUAAACGAGGGAUAAUCGCCUUGCCCUGAUGUAUUUUCCCCGCCUUUGAACCCGUCGGACUCGUCUUAUGUAGCCGUCACGAAAGCAGCAAAGCUUGGCAGUAUAGCCAGCACCAAAGCGCUGAGUUCAAUGCCCAUUUUACGGUGACAAAGUUCAACAAACCGGCAUAAGUUAUAUAUCAAAACGCGCCAAAUUUAUUGUAGGUUUUGAAUCUGGCGGUAACAGGCAAGUUGGAGCAUGCGUAGUCUCAUUCUUGGCCCAGGCUUUCGUUCUAUUCGAGAUUUCUUGUAACAGACUUGUAAAAUAUUAUGCAAUAGGUAACAUGAAAUCGCUUGUUUACGUGUGAAAAUCUCUCACUAUUAUUUUAUAAUUUAGCAAUUAUUUUCUUAUUAGUUUUAAUUACGUGACAAGGGAUCAGUGUCGAGAAUUAGAUUAAACAAUUAUCAUAAUUUUUUAUUGUAAAAGACUGAAGCAAAUUAAGUGGGCAUGGUUCUUGAACAGAAGUACCAACAGUUUACAACAGUUUAUUGUUAUUUAUUGUCAUUGCUCUUGUAGGCUUGCUAUGGUGACACCAGUGUUCCAGUGUUACAUGUUACUCUUCUUGGUGGUGAGUGGGGUUCAUCUGCUGGUGGGUUAUCAACCAUAAACAGAGAGCUUGCUAUUCACCUUUCGAAUCAUUCAGCGGUGAAGAUUUCUUUACUAGUCCCAGAGGGAGCUUGCAACACUAAAGAAAUAAGAGAAGCAGAUGGCUAUGGAAUCACUAUUGUUGAGGCGAAAGAACGUGCAGCAUAUGAUCGUCUUGAUUGGUUGAGCAUCCCACCCCAGGACCACUACAUGGACAUCGUUGUUGGCCAUGGUGUUAAACUUGGUCGGCAAGUACAAUUCAUUAGAGAUUCUGCUCAAUUUCCAAAUUGUAAGUGGGUACAAGUGGUUCAUACUGCUCCAGAGGACCUGAGCAGAUACAAAUGCUACAAUGACCCCAUUUCAAAAGGUGAAACAAAACACGAAUCAGAAGUUGGGCUUUGCAAACUUGCUGAUCUUAUUGUGCCGGUGGGACCCAGACUAAAAGAAGCAUACUCCUCAUAUUUACAGCGAUGCAAGACAAAUCAAGACCUUUUUUCCAUUACUCCGGGCCUUUUUCAAAGGGAGUUUGGGGAUUUAGUGGCAAAACAAGACCCUAAUGAGAAUGGUGAAUUUAAAGUGUUGUUAUUUGGUCGUGGGGAUGAUGAGGACUUUGAACUCAAAGGAUACAACACUGCUGCUCACGCAUUUACUGAUCAACGGUUGAAUCACAAACCUUAUCAUCUAAUCUUUGUUGGAGCGCCUGAAGGAAAGCAAGGAGAAGUUAGAGAAAAACUUCUUCAGCGCGGUAUUGUGGAAGCGCAGUUGACUGUUAGAAAAUUUAUACAAAGUAGAGAGAGACUGAAAGAUUUGCUUUGUGAAGCUGACAUUGCCAUAAUGCCGUCAAAAUCAGAGGGAUUUGGUCUUGUCGCACUUGAGGCCUUGUCUGCGGGACUACCCAUUCUUGUAGGCAGUAGGUCAGGAUUUGCCAAAGCGUUAGAGAAUGUUCUUCAUGGUAAUGCAUGCAUCGUGAAUUCAGAUGAUCCUGCAGAAUGGGCAAAAGCAAUAGAAGCUGUUCGUUUAAGGCAUGGAAUGAGGCUUCAAGAGAUUAAAUCACUGAGAGCAUCUUAUGGGGAGAUGUACAGUUGGAAUAAGCAAUGUGAAGCACUUGUGAACAGAAUGCAGAGAUUGGGACAUGGUAAGUUAUUUGUUAAGCGCUGGUGUACUUUCUUAUUCAUGUUGUACCAGACAUCACACUAAUAUAGUUAAUUCGUAGCACAAUAUAUGCAAAUGCAACAGUGCAGUGAUAUACAUGUGCACAGCCUUUAAAGUUGUAUUGGAAGUUGUCAAUGCAUGAAAAGAUCUGUGAUGUGCAGAAUUAAAAGGUCUCCACCAUGUUUAAGGGUCACAGUUGUCUAUGACCGUCAGGAUUUAUUUUUAGUGUUACUUGGGACGAGUGGUUAUGGGUAUUGGAGAUGUGAAUGUGUUAGAAAAACAUAAUUUUUAUACAUUAUUUUGUAAGAAGCUUAUAAUAAAGGCUUGUUCUCGCACCAGAUGCUUCUGAUAUACCAAAGGAUGUUUCUGUCACUGAAAAGCAGUCUGUUGCAAAAACACAUGCUUCAGCUUCUGGUUUCUCAGGAGAGCAAUGUCCAGUUGAUGAACAGCCUAAAACUGAGGAUUUAGUCAGAUUAAGUGAAGAAUCUCCCUCAACUUGCCAUACUCCUAGCGUUUCAGAGCUCACUUCUGACCAAGGUAUGGAAUUAAAUUGACAAGGUGCCACUCUUUUUUACUGUGUCUUGAUAAACUCUUGAUAAUUUUUGGCUUUUUUUAAGGGACGCCAUCACGGUUAUGCGCAUGCGCGCCCUUUGUCUCUUCAGAAUAAAUUUGUCGCGUCAACACUAAAUUCGAAAUCGCCAUUACCGGUACAAUCAUUGAGAAUCCUUCGUUUUAUUCCGACAUCCGUCGCUUUGACUGGCCUAGUUAUACUUCGGCAGUGGUGAUUAACGUGUGACUGUGUUGUUUGACUGGUUACGUUUUAAGAAGACGCAAAAAAUGAUGUUUUGAUCAUGGAGGUUCAGAAGAGCAUCGUGGCCGUCUGGCAAUAAGACGUUCUCGAGAGUCUUUGGAGAUAGAGAAGCUUAGCCGAUCGAUCUGGUAUGGUUCUAGGAGUAGUGUGUGGCUUACGAAAAGAAUACACGACACUUGGAAAGUGGUUAAAGGCAUGAGUCCGUUCAAUUUUGAUUUGAUUUCUGACUCCGACCUGUAGUUAUACCGCAACAGGCCGCGCGAUCUUCACCGAUCUGGUAUACUUGAAAUGUUCCUUGUAUCUUUGCUUUACGAUCGUAUAUGUUUAAGAAUUGAUGUUUUUAAAAUAAAUUAUUGCCCGAAUAUUCUGUUUAUAAUCUAGUUUCUUUAUGUGUUCUACUCGAUAACAUUUAUUUGCGGAACCCAGACCCGAUGAUGUAACGCGAAUGAAUUUGUUCAUUUGCUGAUAAGCAAUUGAAAUUUAUCCUCAUUUAAGGAUAAUCUUUAUAUUCAUACGUUGUGUGUGUUUGUCACCGGUCAGGCGCUUUUUGUUGGUAUUUCUGGGUUUAUAUAACGCGAACUGAGAGAACAGUAACAAAAUGUUUGUUUACAAAUUUUGUUUGCCGAUCGGUGUCUGCUUUGUUAGCGUGGGUACGACCUCGUAAACAUACACGUUGGUAAAUGUUUGUUUCAAAGCAGGAGAGGGCUGUAAAUUUUAUUCUUAUCGGCUGCAACAUAUAUCUGAGGAGUAGCAAAGAAUAAACUUGAAUUAUGGGGAUAUAUAAAAUCAAGCCAAAUGCCCGGGAAUACUCUUGCGUCGCGAACAAUGAAUUUGAAUUUUGUAAAUUUACUUGCGUGCAUCUAACUCGCUUCGGAUUGGUUUAAAAACAAUCGGCUACUGUCAGAACUCACUCUUGCGCAUUAUCGUGAACCAGUCCCUUUAAAGAGUAACUGUUUUUUUUUUCUCUUUCUGCUAUUCACCAUUUUCACAAAGACGAUAACACACCUUGUGUACUUUCCGACAUUUUGCAUAACCUUUGUCUUUGAUUUCUCUUGGGACAGGUGUAAUUCCCAGGAGAAAUUGGAAACAAUCGGUUAUGCAAAAUUUGGGGGGUAAACAAGAUGCAUUAUGGUUUGUGUGAAAAUGGUGAAAAGCUAAAGAAUGCACUGUUUGUGUAAAAGCUUUCCCACACAACAACGAGUUGAGAAGCUUGCCUCUCAGUUUCCUUAUACAUUCGUAAAUUGUAAUAAGAGGCAGUAAUUAACUUGUAGUUAAUAUGCUUUUAAUCAAUAAUUUUCAGAAACAGCAAACACUGUUAAGAUGUUAAUCACCACACGUGAUUUAAGUAGUGAACUGGAGGACGUCGUGGAUAGAAUGUUAAGGCAACAACUUAAAGCGUACUUGGAAUACAAUAAAAAAAACAAGCUUUCUACAGCCAGCGGACUGAGUGACUUCAUUAAGCAUGUAGAAAAUACUUACAACUUUACUUUAACAUCUGUGGGUGUUGGAUCUUUGGUAAUAAAAGGUCAGUGUCCUGACCUGCAAAGUCUGGAAAGUCUGUGGCAUGAUUAUUGUUCUGGUGUCCUGAAUGAAGCUGCAGAGAGGUUUUUGGUAACUGAUGAUAUGAAGAAAAAAGUCAACUUGGUGACACUCGGAUUAAAGACUAUUAUUGAGGAAGAAAGCUAUUUGACUUGCAAGAAAGCUCUUAUGGAAAAGUCAGGUGAGUUGGUUUAGCACAAUUUCUUGGGCAAUUAUCUUUAGAGGUCUUAAGACAAGAAAUUGAUUUAAUUCUCUGCUAGUGCUUUACAGCAAUGUACUCGUAAGUAUACAUGUACAUGUAAAAAUUAAUCGGUCAUCUUAGAGACUUCAAUCGAGAUAAUGGAACAAUAGACGUUUUUACCGAUACGGCGGCCAUAUUGAAUUAAUUCUAUUUAAGGAGUAUUCUGCGAUGACCAGGGGGCAUGAGCACGAUCCGUUGUAUUCGCUAAGCAUUAGAAACAUGGCCUUUCGACACUGUACUGUUUGUAUAUUUCUCGGGAAAAAGGUGAUCAUCAUUACAUCCAAACGCGGCACAACGAUCUUUUUCCCAUUAGAAUCUUAUCUUAAGAAAACUUUAAGAAAAAAUGCCCCGAAAGGCGCUCGUAAAUACUAAACGGAUUAUGUGCUUAUGCCCCUGGGCAUGCCAUAAUACUCCUUAAAUCUAACUUAUUCAACGUUGUGUACAAGAUUUUAAUAACACUUCAAAGCAUAACUUAAGAUUAUGCACUAAUAAAUAAAUGCGGGAUAAAAGUGAAUUUGCCAAACUGCUCGGCCAAUAACAUUGUGUGUAAAGGUUGGUUGCUUCUUGACAGCAGCUAUCCUGGGUCAAAAGAGCCAGUGUUUUGAAAUGAUCAUUCGCCCCAUGUAAGGGAAUCCAGGUUGCCUGGCUGUGAGUAUUUUCUGUAACAGCGCAUUCACGAAAGGUGAAUUCAAUGAAUAUUUUUUGUUAUUUUACUCUGUGUUAGCAAUCAGCCGUAGCGUGUCACCUUCAACUGAAUCAGAUAAGGAAGCAGCUUCACCUCUAACUGACACAAGCCCAGAAUAUUCUGAGGUAGGUGCUUUGUACUUGAGACUAAAAUUGAUAACAGGUAAAGACUUGAAAGGAAAAGAAAUCGAGCUGUUGCAUGGGGUGCAAUCUGCAGAAAUAAUAGCUCGGAAAAAAACUAUGACAGUUUUCAAACCCAGUUUUAUUAGUCAACGUCGAAGAGAAAGACUGGUUGGGUUACAUUUAAUAAGUUGGAAUUGUAUGAAAAUACUAUAAUGGAAAGAUUGAGCUAUUUUGAAAAAAUAGCUCAUAUGUCAGUGGUUUGAGCGUAUGUAUCUUCGUGGGUUUGUGGUUGACGACAGGGUUAAUGAAAGGGCCAUGCUUCAAAUUAGGGUUUCGGAUAUAGGUCUGGCUUUGUGUGCUCGGAUGUCUGUUGCAGGGACUAGUAAAGUUGAAGGUACUAUUAGUGGAUGCUUAGGAACCAAUGAGAUUUUGGCAUCUAAACAUGAUUUUGCUUACGCUCAAACAACGGCACUUUGAGACCGCCAUCUUGAUUCUUCACAAUUUUUUCAUCUUUUAUUACGGUUACUAAGGGUGUCUUGAAGCAUAACACUGAAAUAUCUUCAUGAUUCAAACGCUGAAUAUCUUAGUGUGGGUGCGGCUUAACUUAAGUAGAAACAAUAGCGUUAGGAAAUAAAAUUGGAAGAAGCUAAUUGACAGAUAUUAUUGCUUAAUUGACUGGAAUUACAUGAUAUGAAUGCUGUCAAUCAGUAUUUCGGUAGUUUGAUGAUUAUCUUAGAAGGAAAUGUGUAGUUCCAGAAAAUAUUCAUAGCCUCCCCCCUGCCACGGAGACCAAGGGGAGGGGGGGAGGGGGGUCCAAAAGAAGGCAAUUUUCGAGGGGGUGGGGGGUUGCUUACAGAGGUUUUUUUUUCGGGGGAUCCGGAUAAGAUUGGUGAGGUACUAAUAAAUUAGUAACGGAACUGCCACAUAAGCUGUUAACCAAACCGCAGUUUCAUAAUUAACAUUAACGACAUGGAAAGUCACUCAGUCAACGAAGAGUUCUGGAAAUUGUAAAUAUUUUAAUUUCUUUCAAAGUGCAACCUCCACAUCCACCGGUAUCCGGAAAAGUAAUAAAUUAUAUACCCAGCUUUUUUUGUGGGCCAUUCAUUUUAGAAAGAGGACAUUUAAGACACUGGUAAAAUUGUUGGAAUACAACGUUUUAAGUUGUUGUCUAAAUAUUACAACAGUUUGAUUCGCAUAAAAUAGGUCUUUAAAGGAGGGAAUGUCGAUUCAGAGAACUUAGCUCCGAAAUUUCCCAACGAGGCGGGUCCAUGUUCCUCACUCCACUAUCCCCCCUUCUCCCCAGGCAGUUGAGGCUCUGCUGCAUAUUUUUUACUAGCCUCCCCCGCAGACGUUCUUAGGGGUUCGUCACGCGUUCCUGUUUCACGAAUGUUAGUGGGACGGGAACGCGUGACGAACCCCUAAGAACGUCUGCGUGGGAGGUUAAUUUUUGCCUAACCGGCCAGGAUUGGUCCCUUACCUGCUGAGCUAAAAUUUAGGUAGAACACUGCAGUCCCAGGGAUCAAACCCGUCACUUUCCGCUCUUCCGCCCAGCGGUCGAUCAAAGGGGCUAACCCUACCGAGAUUUAAAUUACAUUUCUUGUUUAAUCUGCCUGUGUUUCGAAAGUAAAUCCCCCGGGGGGCACUCAAAUAAGUUCGGGUAGAGGUGUGCCGCCAAGCCCUUGAAACCCUGACCCUUGAUUGCUCAUUUUGCUACGCUGUUUAAGACGAGACGUUAUAUUAUGACCCUGAUUCGUUACGUUUUGCAUACAGAAUUAAGUGAUUUUUCAAACUGAAAUCAUGGAAUUAGAUUUUUUGGGAAAACCCGUUGCUUCCACAAAUCGAGACCGCUCAUUUCAAGACUUUAAAUAGGGAAACUGUAUAACUAUGUUUAAGACUCAAGAACCUGAAAACCAUGCCCUGUUCAGAAGCACAUACCUGCCCUUGGCCAAAUAAAGGAGCACCCCCCUUCGGAAGUAAAACUAGAUUGAACAACCAGGACCAGGAAGUAGAUAUUGUAAGGGAAUUGAUCUGCGGGAAUUUAUGUAUUAAAACGAGCCGUAUCCUCUCUACCGAGUCUAACAGACAGCACAUUGUUAGCUCCAUCGUUACUUUGAUUGGGAUUUCAAUAUUUCUCUGUUGCUCACAGAAGGUAAUCAUCUUCGUUUUGUUCUUAGGCGAUAGGUAGAAGGGCUUUGAUGAACGCUUUACGUGACGGUAACACUCACAAAUCUUUCAAACGUGCCACUCCGCCAGAGCCGCCAAACAAGCCAGUCCCUACCCCGCUAGAAUCCCCAAACAGGCCCCUACUGUUCCUCCCUGAAAGACCAAGAAGGCCUGGUCGACCUCCACCUUCUCCUCGGUCCCAGCACGAGCCGAGAGUGUCUCCAACGCCUAUGAUGGGCAGUGAAUCUCGAUCACCGUUGCCUCGAAGGCGGAUUGCUACCGCUCCACGAGGUAGCCCUAGCACAGAGAAACGCUCGUCUGAUAACCCCCCUGAUAAGCCGCUACCCCCUGCUUCUAAAAAGAGGCCGGUUCCACGUCGUAAUAUAUCCGAACCAGAGCAGUUUCGGAAGGGCCGUGACGCCACCGUGACCGUUCAGUUGGUUCUUACACGCUCCAUUAAAGUUGAUGUAGCGGCUUCUACCCAAGACCUGGUUCGUGCCGCGGCCAGUACUUUUAAGCUUUCUGAGGAUUCGUUUGCAUUGUGGUAAGGUGAUUUCUAUUUUUGAUUAAACUUUUUUCCCCCCUUGCCAUUAAGAGGAACUGAAGUGUACAAUUUUAGCAGUUAGUCGUUCUACCUUGACAUUAUCAUGCUGUGACUGAAACUCUUAUCUAGCCUAAGAAAACCGCAAAAGGUCUAGCAAACAUACUGAUGACGUGUCACUGCCCAGCUGCCGAUUGGUCGUGCCGCGUGGGAAAUUUUCUGAAACAAUCAGGAGCACUUCCCAGAUCUGGGUAGUGACACGUCAUCAGACGGUAUGGAAUUUCUCCGCUCGUUCCUCAGACGUCAUUUCGCGGGAAACCAGUUGUAGCGUCGCAAAAUGAUGGCUGUUUUCACAAGCUAACUCUUAUCGGGUUUUAAGCCGUAAGGUGGCGGAGCUAUUAAGGGUGUGAAUUGAGUCAGCAAGAAAUUUUAUUUUUCCUAUUCAUUAUUUUAGGUUUAUGAGAAAUGGCCAGCUUUCUGCCCUUCAAGAUAAAGAUCUAAAGGGAAUUCUCAACUCCCCAGCAAACAACAUGGAAACUAUUUACUGCUAUGAAAAUAAACCUCAGUAAAGAUCGUUUGAUAACUAAUUUUCUUACAGAAAACUACUGAGUAAUUUUUUUUACUUGGUAAUGUAACGCUUCGAACCGCGUUUUUUUGUUUUUUGUGAAUCGUUCUCGGUAAUGACCUGGUUAGAGUGGGAUCUGUUGAAUGCCGAAACUAACAGACCAUUUCCAUGUUUCCCAAGCCUCUUCUAGAGAACUCUAAGUGCGAAGUAUUCACAAAAAAAAAUUAACUGAGUUGUCAUGCAAAUGAAACUCGUUAUUAAAUGAAAGAUUUUUCACUUGGCCUCACUUUGAAAGCGAGAAUUUUGGAAACUCGGAAAUGGCCUACUUUAUUAGCCAAUCAGCAUUAAAACAAAAACCAAUUGUGACUUGCUGACUCGGAUUUUCCUGCCCUUGGUGCUGGCUUGGAAAUCUGUUUUGUUCUUUCAAUUGUCUUUGCGCAUCCUGAUUGGUCGAGGUAAUUCCUUUCAUUGGGCGAUAGUCAAGUGAAUAUUGCUGUCAGUAAUACAGAGCUACAACCCCGGACAAAACUGUUGAGACAAUUCCAUCUAUUUUCUAACUUUUGCGCCCUACUCCCGUCUCCCCUAAACACAAAAAGUAAACCCCCUCCCCACCCCCUAUUCAAAGUUGUCUUGGUCUAAAAACCAACGUGUAUAAUUGCCAUGCUAUCCUAAACAACUUUGGAUAAGGGGAGGGGGAAAUCGGGCAUUCAUUUGGCGGAGGUCUCAGUUUUUGCCGGGAUGGCAGGAAAAAUCAGGCAUUUUCGCGAUUUGUCUCAACAGGUUUUGUCCGGGGUUGUAGGCUUCGUUGAGUAAAUUACUUUUUAUCUUUAUCUUUCGCUUUAGAAAAAAAAUCAGUUGGUGUUGUUUAGAUUUCAUAAGAGUCAUGGUAAAGGAAAUAAGACAGAGAAAUCACUGAGGACGUACAUUCUAAUUAUCUUGAAAGCGGAAAUGCCUUUUAGUUCGCGUUGUUUCGAAUUUAGCCAAUUUUGCGUAUCAAAGAAACAUUCCAUGAAGUUUGGAAUAGCAUAUUGUUUUGAAUGUUACCCUUGAUCUUUUUGUAAGGUUCCUGUUAGAGACGUGUCGAAUCUUUGUGAGAAUCUUUAAUAAUCAAGUAAACUAAGUUCUUCCUUCAGUCUUAGCAAAUUUGGAGAUUUCAUAAACUGGGAGAAUAAAAGGCAUUAGAAUAUAUUAGUUUUCUACGAUUUUAGUCCAAAUAGUCAUAGAAAAUCGUAAAUAACGGGAAGUUCUUCUCAUUACUUUUCAUGCAGUUCGAUGUUAUUGUUUUGAAUAUUUAAUGAACAACGUAAGAGUUCAAAAUAGCUCAGGCGUCGAUCGCUUCUUCAAAACAUUCUCGACUUCAGAGUUAUUCUCUAUUGCGUAUUACUGAGGACUGAAGGACAGAGGCAUGACUAAGGCUACGCGUGUACAGUUCUUCUCAGAACCUUCGCGGCCUUUCAUGGCCUAAAAAACCGAAAGCUCUGAAGUCGAGAAUGCUCGUAGAAGAACUUGAUUUUGUCGGGUUAUUUAUUUGAUGAUACAUAUUGAAUCAUGCCGUUGUGUACAGCUUAUGAGUGUCUAAGGUCAUUGCCCAUUUGCGUCCACACUGAGAUUUGUAGAAGUGUAAGGCCUGUUUUGAAGAUCUCUUAUUUUUGUAAGCGAAUUAAUUAAUACAAGUAUUUUACAGUAAAACGGUAUAAAGUGAGAUAUCUCAAACGGUUUUAUACCUACAAGAAAAUAAAUAAGAUUUUCAUAAAGUUGCAGUAGUCUUUAUUAAUGAUGCCAAAAAUCAUAGCCGAAAAGCGCGAUUCAAAAACGUUACCAACGCGCGUAUAAAUAGGUUCGGCCACCUUAAGGACCUGUUUACAGGAAGGUGGGGCUCCCGAGGUAGGUGAGGUAACUCGCUUAGGUGGGGUAACCCGCCUGUGCAUAUAAUCUCUCAUUUUAAUUUGAACACGUUUACAUGAUAGGUGAGGUGACCCCCCACAUGUUACCUCACCUAUCUGGGGUCCCCCACUUCCAAGUAAACAGGCCCUUCGAGUCUUCCCUCUAACUGAAGCAACGUUUGGUGAGUUGAUAUUCAAAGUGCUGGAACAAUUUAUUUAUUUUGCAACAGAUGUCUGAAAGAGAGACAAAAAGAACAUUAAUGAACAGCAAUACCCAAUUUCGUGCAAAAAAUACACUAAGAAACAAUGUUAUGGGCAGUCAAAAGUGUGUCGUUUGCCUUGAAAAUUCAGAGUAGAAGUGAUUUCACAGAACUUCAUAGUAGAUCUGGGCCCAGUUGCUCGAAGCAUGGUUAGCGUUAACCAGCGUUUAAUACCUUGACAACGUAUUCGUUUUGAUACUGCUUAACCACUGGUUAAAGCUAACCAUGCUUUGAGCAACUCAGCCCUGGUUGUAAAUGUAUAUUUUUCCUUUUUUAAUCAUCCUAGGACAAGACGCAAGUCCUGACUCACAUGGAGAGAGCUGAGAAAGCGAAAGUAAGUUCACUGCGAUAAAAAGAAUACUGGGUGUGUACGCUUUGUGUAUUUAAACAAAGCAAAGUAUGUGCAAAUGUGAAAAGCAUCAUUUAGUGGGAGUAUUAAUUUAUUUUUUUUCUCUCUGAUAAAAGGAUAUUAAUUUUUUGAUACAGGUAUCGAGAGGCUCUCUACACAAGGCUGCUGUAGGUGGACAAUACGAGAUGGUUAAAAUGCUUCUUGAAAGUGGUGAAGAUGUGGACCAAAGAGAUCAGGUUUAAGUCUUCCCCAGUCUAUGUAAAUCUAAUGCUUACGGAUUCUUACAUUCUUUUCUUGCUUUAGUAGAUUAUGAGCAGAAGCCUUGCGUUCAUGAAGCAACACACUAUUCUAAUCGGCCGGUAGUGACAAGCGUGAUUGAGAGAUAGCACAUUAUUGUUCCUGAAAAUAUCUAUGAGUCGUAACUUUUCAUCAGUAGAAUGCCUAAGCUAUGUUCACGAAGCUACGUAGGUUUUCGUGGUGCCAUGGAAACCUAUUUCGUAUAGUGUGAACAGCAACGGCCUUAGGCCGCGCCAAUUCUUUACACAGUCGAACAUCGUGCUUGCGUGGUUGGCCCAGAGGGUUUUGUGCGGUGUUCUUAUCAGACCACGGCAUUGCGGCAUUGCUGCACUUUUUCGGGAAAAGCCGCACUAUAAUUAUCACAAGGGGUCCCAAGGGCACAAAGAAUUGUUUUUGGUGCCUUUACAUUAACUCAGACCUGUCAAACGUUGAGUUAACUGUAUAUAAAAUUGGAUAUUUAUUACUUCGGCGGAGCGCGAAGUAAAGGAUUCGUGACGCUCAGGAAUGUAUCAAAGUUGCAAUUUUUUGACAAGAUUGGGCAAGCAAAGUCUGUAGGUUUUCGGUUCUAUUCGGCUGUUUGACGAAGUGAGAGCCGAAUUAGUUCGAGAUAUCUCGAGAUCACUUCGAUUUCUUUGAUUUAUUCUUUAACUUUUUCGAGGAAGAAAGAAUUAUUAUUUUGGCUUUCCCGGGGUUUGAACCGACUCACCUGUGUGACCCGUCAGAUCAGAGGAGAUUCUAAGUUGAGGGAUUAGCCGAUUGCGCUACUGCGACCCAAGGUAGUUUGGGAUAUGAAAAAUAGUUAUGAAAUGAUGCACUAGUUUCGGGACAAGAUUGGGCGUGCAAGUUCGUGACUUUUCGGCUUGUUUCAACUAUUUCACGAAAUGAGACCGGACUACUUCGUGAUAUCUUGAGAUCACUUCGAGUUUAGUCUUUAUUUACUCGAGGAAUAAAUAGAGGAUAUUUCGUGGCCGCGCAGAGACACGAAAUUUCUCUUCGAGUGUUGGAAAACAUUUCACGAUUGAGCCCUCCUUUCGAACUGUUUUAUGAUGAAUUUAAAGUUACAAAAUGCUGCACAAAGACAUUUGUCUUUGUUGAGUGUUACGUAGUAAAAUUGCUUUCAUGCGUUGCCUGACUUUCUCGAACGUUCUCUACGUUUUUGGAUUACCAUGAAUAAUUAAUUAGGGCAUGUUUACAUUUCAGCAUGAGUCAGCAGAUUUGCAUCAGUUACUGAAAUCAUAAAAUAUGUCGAAAAGCUACUACUAUUCGCCUGUUUAGUAUUUUCUAGAACCUUAUGUCAAACGGUAUACAAGUUCCAAGCGAGUUCUUUUGACGAACUAAGUUUUUUCCCACGAGCUGGACUGCUGUGUUUAGUCAAGUGUGACGAAGGUCGAUUUUCAGGUUCUGUGUUUACAAGUUCGCGGAAGCCGUAAGAUAUCUGAAGUUCAAGUGAGAGUUUGUUAUUAUUGGUAGAGGCUGUUUAGUUUUACUCAAAGUUCAAGUCAAGUUUGUGUUGGCGGAUGCUGUGUUUUAAAGCUCUGUAAAGGCUAUGUUCCUUUGGUGUUAAACUUCCUUGUGUUAAUCCGACAUCCCUGCGUGCUGAUAGUCAGUGAAUAAUUAUCUUCAAAACAUUCGAACUCGUGACCUUGAGUUUUAGCCAAUUCCGUGCUCAACGUAAUUUGACUCCUUACACAUGCCUUACAUAUCUUUAAUCAGUACAUGAGACUGCUAUGCUGUUUUUGAAGCCUGAUGUGACUAAGAAAAAUAGAGAAUUGUUUUUUUAUAAGGAUUUGUAUGGAGUCGUCAGAGCAUAACUGGGCUAAUAUCUCGGAAACAAUUUGUCCCGAAAUACUAGUUUUUGGCAAGUAGGCCUCUUGGAUGUUGCUCUUUUCAGAAUAUCCUGACAAAUCCCAUAAUUUCACAAAUUAACACCUUACUCUUACCAUAGUUGAUAUCUUACUAUUCCUCCGCAUUUACAAUUAAUUAGUUCGACAACCACGACGCCGAAGUGUACGCUCCGUAGCGUCUUGUUAUCUAAGAAAGUACUAGGUAUUUACUCCAACUCAGAACUGUAAGUUAAACGUAAUAGGCCAUUCGCACGAUGACGUCAUUUUACUACUACGACCAGAAUCCUUCAGGAUUUUGCUUUGUUGCGCAAAUUAGGGCUUUUGUUUUCGAAACCUUACUGGGAAUACCAAAUUAGAAUAUGAAAGGGAAAACGAAAAGGAUUCUGGUCGUAGUAGUAAAGUGAAGCCAUCAUGCAAAUAGCCUAUUAUAAGUUAACUGCAUCGGAAAAUUGAGAACCGCUUUUCUCACUCAUGACCCACUUUUAGCUUCUCUGCGGGUCCUGUGGACCCCAGUGUGGAAAAUCCUGGUAAGAACAAUGUUGUUGCAUUAAAUUCCUUUUCUCACUCCUGAAAAUUUACUUCCGUCUCAGUGGGUUCCAGUACUCGCUGAUACUUAUUAUUUUUGCGCCGGUUUCAAUAGCUCACUUCGGAAAAGAGUGAUAGCCUGGGACUCAUAAUAAGUGCGCGCGCAUUUAUGGGAUUGUUUGCCGGGGAGGGGGGGGACAAGUCGAGCAGCCACCUUGACCUAUGACGAGACAUGCAAGUUGUUGUAGGCCUUUGUGCACAAAUGACUUCAGGAACUCCCCAGUUCUGGUAUUUUAUGGAAUACCAAAGGCAAGACGUAUCCAGCGAGAAUAAAAAAAAUUGAAGUUGAACUGCGAGAGCACACGGAUUUGCAUUCUUGUGGUUUUUCUCGAAGUAAAAUCGCUCCAGGCACAUCUUCCUUGAGUUUCACAUUUUCAUCUUUUUUUUUUCCUUUUAAUUCCACCUUCCUUUUUGCUAUUUUGAACUGUUUUAACUCCGCUGAAACAUUCCACUUCGCUUUCCGUCAUGUUUUUUUACAUUCACGUCCCCCCAGAUAAUCCCAUAAAUUGCGCGCCCCUAGUUUGGGUCCCAGGCUAUCACCCUUUUCCGAAGUGAGCUAUAGGUGUUCCCAUUGCACCAAAAUAUAUCACAAAACCUAUCCGGUAUGUGACGCUCCACUUUUGAGGUAGGCGUGGUGCAGUUUCGCGCCGCCAUAAUCGUUCUCGUGAGUGAACAGAAGCCCUAUCCCGUGUGGUUUUCUUGGCGGCGCAAAAGCUAUCCGGGAUAGUGUGAACAAAGCCAUAGACAGAUAACAAUGAGGACAGGAGAAAUCACAAAAUUCCGUUUUCGCAUCAUUUUCCAGAAUUUUGAACGGCUUUACCAUUAAAAAUCCAGUACUUGCUGAUAGUUUCAGCAUAGACUCUGAUUAGCUUUCAAUAUUUGUGUCUCUUGAAAAGGCACAAAAACGUUUCUCUGGUAGGGCAGUUAUUCUUGCGCUCAAAUAUGCCAUAGUAAAUCCUAGUAAACCGUUUGCCACUGCAGUCAAGUUUUAAAGUCCAGUUAUUUUAUUUGUCUGUUUUGUGUUUGCUUGUUUGUUUUUACCGCAGGAGCCUGAAAAAUGUUCAGUGUUAUCUGCAUUUUCUUAAUAAAGAAUCAGUGGUUUGAAUGAAAACAUAUAGCUUUGUUCAUAGUUAUUAGAGGAGACUGGUUAUGAAAAGCGGCAAACAUCAAUGAUAAAAACAACAGUGCUGCAGUUUAUGUUCAAAGCACCGUGAAAGUGCACAAUCCUUUGUUUUCUGUUGGCAAAUUGUUACGGAAUAAAUUAAUGCAACGUUUUUAUUGGUCAAUACAAUCAAAAUGAUAGGAAUUCUUUUGAACGUUGUGCACUUUCAGGUCCACAAAAACAUAUAACAAAGGCGUCUGACGGGUUUCAUAACCAUUCCACUCAAUUAACUAUGCUUUGUUCUACCACUUUGUAAUAGAAAGAGUCGUAUGGGGCCCAAAUUAUCGUUUUUUUGCGGUGCAAUCUUAUCAACGUGUGGUGGAAUACAUUAAAUCGAUGACGUCAUAGCCUUUUGUCCAUAACUCAUGAAAAAUAGCGGCGGAUUCUCAUUAUCUUCUCCUUUUUUGUGUUUCUAAUACAAUAGAAACAAUAGGCUGGUGGUGGAUGAGGAGGGAGAACAAUAGAAUUGUGGUGGUCGUGGUGGUGGUGGAUAAUCACGCGUGUGCACUGAGCUCUGCAGGCGUGUUUUGUGUGCUCCAAUCAAGCUUUGCGUAAUGAAAUUGAAGAAUUAAAGAACAAACUACAGAGGCUUUCUGAUAGUUUUUUUUUUGAGAGGUUUUUGUUUUUAUUAGAUAUUUGUGUUAUUCAUGUACUUGUCUUGCCUUGUUUUCGUCUGUCCACACGUACACGCGAAAACAGCGUUUUCAAAAAGUUCCGUUUUCAUUGAUCGUUUUCAUCGGAUACGUGUGGACGGAAGCCGUAUCCGUAAAGAAAAAGUUGCGUUUUCAGGGACCGCGCAGAGGGUGGGGCUGGGGGGGGGGGCUUUAGCCCCCCCACUUUUUUGGCUGUUGAUGUUAGAACAUUGAAUGGUCAACUGGAAAUAUUUAAGGUGUUAAUGAAGGACGGAGAAUUUACCUGUUUUUAUGACAUUUUAGCCAAGAUCAAGCAGCUUUCUGAAGCCGAAAAGUGUAUGGUAACUUAAAUCAUAACCCUAUGUAAACUUCUUCUUGUAAAUCCAGCAACCAGUGCAGCAGGCGAGAGAUCCUUUUCUUCUGCUCGGAGACUGAAAACGUGGCUACGCUCGACGAUGACAAAAACAAGAUUUAGCAAUCUGACAAUACUUAAUACCCACAAGCACAGAACAGACAAACUUUGUCUUAUAGAUGUUGCCAAUGAGUUUGCAGCUCUCAAUGAAAAUCGAAAAAACAACUUUGGCACCUUCAAAGAAUCCGACUUAAAAAUGUCCGGGUGACACUCAUCCGUUGCGUCUGUUGGGUUUAGCUUAGAAGUUAGUCUAUUCAUUUAAAUUUGGUCGAACGUGAAGGCCAGUUUGUUACUCGUUGUUUUAUAAGAAUUGAAAAUUAACUUCACUUUUGGCAGUUUUAGAUCCAUUUCUAGCCAUUUCAGAAGACUUCAAUUUCAAAUUUUCCCGGGGGACCAUGUCCCCGGACCCCCUAGUUGGCUCAUGCUAACGCGUUCGCAUUACCCCCCCCCCACUUGAAAAUCCGCUCCGCGGGCCCUGGUUUUCAAAUGAAAACGGAUACGUGUGGACAGGGCCUAAGUUGUCUGCAAUGGACAAUGGCAUUGGCAGAAAAUAAAAGUGCAUAAUCAAUUAACCUUAGAGCUCAGUGAGUUUAGCUCACACGCGAGUUAGCGCUUAUUCCUUCGACAAUAUGAAUCAGCCAAUAAGCCACUUCCACAUUUCCCGUAAUUCACCUUAAUUGCCCUCCCAAAUUAUUGUUAUUGUUAUUGUUUAAUAGCGGAGCUCUGUGGAGCACCAUGGGUAAGUAAAUCUACCCAUCCCAGAAAAUUUGGUAAUCACGUGACCGUACACCGCCCGCCCGUCCGUCCGCACCACAGGACAACCAGCGUUUAAUCCUCACACUUUCUAGCCAGUUUGGGAGCACAGGAAGACUGAUAUUGCACACAUAUAUUGCACAUCAACGUUGUGAUCAGUUGACAGCUGUCAAAAACGGGAUCCGCUGACCAGUAUCACCUGACCGUAUUGCGGACUCAGGAGUCGACCCAUCGAGGUCGAAUAUCUUUUUGAAGUUAUCCGCUGACAAGUUACUAGUUUUCAAAUGAUCGCAGGCUCAAGUUUUUUUUAAAAAUCCAUAUGAAAUAUGUUGUGUUUUGUAUGUGCCGUACAAUUAAAAUGUUGAUUUGAAACUGACCUCGGAAGCUAAAAUUCAGCCAGUUUUUACAGGCAGGGAAGACAUGCCAGUUGCUUUUGACGUUUCUCACCAAGGUCACGCGUUGGUCACGCUCUACGUUCAAUUUUUAUGCUCUGAUUGGUCAAAAUUUGACAGGUGAGUUCAUGCGGAAAAUUUAUGCAGCAUCUUGAAACUUGUUUACUUUGCUUAAGCUGACAGUGUUUUGUGUCAACUUGUGAUGUUUUUAACUGUCUUUUUCCACUGAAUGUACAAAAUGAAAUUCAGCUGCUAUCAAGAGUCUUCUGUUAUUCAUGACUAGUUUUUUUAUUGGGCCGUUUGUAUAGGUAAUAGCAUGAUUAGUAGUGAUAUUUGGCAUAAAUACCACGAGUGAUAUUUCAAAAUAUUUCAAUUUUGAAAUAUCACAAGUGGUAUUUAUGCCAAAUAUCGCGUACAAAUCAUGCUAUUAUUUGUUUAUACUACUAUCCGCAAGAGGUUUGUAAUUUUCACAUGUAGGUAUUUCAAAUUAAGCUGAAAUACCACUGCUCUAAGCCAAUCAAAUUGCAGUAAUUUCUCAUGUAGUAGUAUAAGGUUGAGAAAUACGUCGCUUGUCAAAGUCGGAAAUCCGAUUUCGGAUGGCAUCGUUUUCGUUUUUCACCUUGCUUGAUGCGUUAGAGGGUUGAAAAGUCUGAAGCGAUUCUGGCCUUACUUGAUAGUUUCAGUGCAUCUCGAAUGGUAAGCCUGAGUAAUUAUUGUAUUUGACGUUUGUUUUUUAUAUCUAAUUUAAUGAAGUCGAGCGUAGUUUAUGCGUCUAUUUAGUUUAUGCACGUUAUUAAUUGUAAGAUUUGAGACAAUGAUCUGACCGAGUAUCAGGUUUGAUUAUAAGCUUAUAGAACUUUAAAAAGCCUUUAGACAUUUUCUCACUGCAAAUAGAAAGAAAACGUUCCAAAGAAUAUUUAGAUAUAAUUCUGGCUGUAAAAGAAAGUUUCGAGCGAUAUUCUUGCCUCGAGUUCAUCUUUGAAAUUUAAGCAAACACCGGGAAGCCGGCUUACAAAAUGAAAAACAUAAACAAGGAUUUCAGAGACACUUUAAUACUUGUCUUCGUGAAUGAAAAUUGUUGUCUCUGUAUAUGUUUCACAGAAUUAUUUUCCUUUUAUUGAUUGUUAGUAGUCUCUUGCAAUUUCUAUCGUUGUGCCGUUUGUUUUCAGUCGCUCAUGAACAUCGCUUGUAUGCAGGAGUAGUCAAAAAGCCUCGCGUAUCAAACGCUUUUGAAGAUUACACAUCGUUAUAAAACCAUUAAAUAAAAAAUAAACAGAAUAAAUUCUUUAUUAUGUGGAAGCGUAUAACUCUAUUAAUCAUAAUUUAAACAGUCGACGUUGGCACUUGUGAACCGGCUAGCUGUACAGGUGAUUUUGGAAAUUUUUUAAACGGUUUCGCUUAAAGCCCACACGUGCUUCGAUCGUUCUGAAUAUUGAGUGACUGCAAUUUGUAUUGCAAAAUUGUGAAAUACUAUAUAAAAUAAAAUAUUCUGUCCGAGGUCUGUAUGAUAAAAACAGCGCGUCAUGGUACUGUUUCACCUCAGAUGUGAUGUAUAAAGAGUAUAAAAGAUUGGGUUACACGUACCCAGACUUGUUGGCAAGAUUUUGUAAAGUAAACUUGCCGAACGCAAAAAAUUCGGCCUGAUUUGUUUUCCAAGAAUUUGUUUUCCAGGCCUAAUCUACUGUGAUCAAGAGCCCGCGUUCUUAAAUGUUAUCGAAGAUGAUUGCUAUUUUUGGGGUGUACAUAUAAGGCUAUCAACUCGAUGUAAGAUUAAGUUCACUCUAAGCUUGGACUGUUUGCAAAUUACUUUUCUCUAAAAUCACUUAACCUUUCCCUCAAAAGUCACAUGAAUGUGCUCUAAAGUUAACUGAAUUGUGGAAAACAAGUUUAUUGUUUGAUUUAAAUUAUAAAUUCGAGUUACUAUAUAGGAGGUUCGCUUUUAGCCCUGGCUAAAUCUAUAUAUUAUUAUUAUUGUUAAGCAUUGUUUUCAAGCUCUCUUUGGACGGCUGUAAUACCCAGGAGAAAUGAAAAACAAAGGUUAUGCAAAUUUUUGGGGGGGGGGGGGAAUAAGCUGAAUUAUGGGAAAAGUGGAAGUGGCGUAUGAAUACUUUUUUAGUUGUAAGUCGACCAAUCAAAACCAAGACAUUCAUCAACCUGAAAAUUACUAGAAAAUCUGUCAAACCGGUGAAAUAAAACUAGAAGAUGACAAACGGUCUACAUCGGACUUAAUAAGUACAUGAAAAGUUCGAUGGUUGAACUGGGCCUUAGAAAUAUACAAACGGUACGAUAAUGAGAAUCCACCACAUUUUAUUCAUGGAUGAAGACAAAAGGCCAUGACGACAUCGACGGCAUGUUAAUAACAUUCCAUCGAAAAAAAAAGGAUAAUUCGGUAAUGCGCCCUAUGCUACUGGAAAGUGGCCUGCGACGUGGCAUUUGGACUAAAGUUUAGUUUUAUUCUUUGAUUACUCCUUGUAAACUGAAGAAGAUAAAGUAGAGAUGCUAUGGCGUUGGUCUAAACUAGACCUUUAAAAAUUAAUCCAAUAGCAGACUCUAAGUUUAUUUCAUAACAGGCCAUCAUUAGUAUGGCAGUGGAUGGCUUUUUUUCGAUCUUAUUUAACCGCGUUAUUUCUUCCUGUUUUCCAUAGUUUUCUUUGACUCCUCUUCAUCUUGCCUCUUGGUAUGGACACGAAUCUGUUGUCAAACUGUUGUUGAAAUACGGAGCGAACGUCAACACUCAAGACAAGGUGAGUAAUGGAGGUUGGGGCAAGGGAAGUUCUGGUUUUUGUUUUCCACACAUGAAUCUCUCUAGAAUGACCAAUUAAGUUGACUUGAAAACCGUGUUGAUGUAUUCAACUUUUUUACUUUUAAGUGUUGAGUAGUAUAAGGUACACCCGUUGGGCCGUUUUUAUACGGUGGAAUCUCAUUAACGAGCGGUGGAAUGCUAUACAAUCGAUUACGUCAUAGCCUUUGAAGUGGUUUAACCGGUUUGAUAAGUUUUCUAGUUAUUUUUAGUGAUGAUGUGAAGCGUUGUUUUAAGUUUUUUUACAUCAUUUCCUUAUUUGGUCGCUUAAAACAAACUGUCCCGUUCUUCCGCUUUAUGCAGGUUUCACUGUAGUAAGCGGGUGCGCUGCAUCAAGCGGUCGAAUGGCAGAGCUGAUUUAAAAUAUUUUGAAAGUCUCGUAAGAAACCGCUUAAUGCAGGUUUCUUUGUUGUUUGGAUAGUCAACUAUUCUCACUGCAUACAUAAUUAACGCAGCACGGAAUGGGACUCUGAAUCUUUAGAUUCCGCCGUGCUUUCAUGUCUCCCAGGCGGGCAUGAUACUUUGCGGUCCUUCUGCUUAAAUUCCCGUGCUUUGUAUCUGUCGGUGAUCAAUUGGCCCGCUUUCCCGCGGUCAAGGAAGCUUUUGUCGCCCCACCUUCCUCCCCUGGUGCCGGUUGACGGGGCCACCUUUGUCGCCUGCUGCUUACCUUGUUGCCACAGUUGUCGCGGUCUCCUCCCAUAAUUUAGUUUACUGUGAUGUGGUAAUGGGUAUGCAGUGAGGAUAUUAAACUACUAUAUGUUGUACAUGUACUACCUUAUGUAGACAUACCGGUGGUAAGAAUAUUCUCUCAUUCUUGUUAGCAAAUAGCACGUGGCAUGUAACACGACUUACUCUGCUUGUGACGUUUUUAGUUUCAACGCACACCUCUGCAAAAAGCUGAACGUCAAAACCACCACGCCGUUGCGCAGUUGCUGCUGAAGAAUGGUGCCAGGCCAAGUCUUCAUCAACCAGUAAGAUAUUAGAUUGUAUGUGCUUCUUGCCAAGCCCUGUCUUUCAGAUGAGAUUCGCUUACAUUUGUUGUAUUCUAUGCCGAUAAUGUUGAACAUUACAGUACGACCUUUACAUUGUCGUAUGAGCUUGUAUCUAAGCCUACAUCGCGUAGACCUUAUGCUUGUCCCUUCUCUACACGAACAUCAUUUUUAUUCCCUUGGUUCUGUCACAGUGCAGUAAAUCUUAUAUUAAACGGACACCAAAUUAAGCGGAUGAGUGGAUCAGUUUGUCUCAAAGGUUUCGUACCAUAUUUACUGUGAAAUUACUGUAAAACGAACCAUUAAAAGCCGACAUUAGCGAAGGUCGAGUAUCUGUCCGCUUAAUAAAGGUAUCAUGGUAGAUUUUAACUAUUGGUUGGCUGGCGUUGCGUCUUAUACACAUGCGCUCCCUGAAUGGUUUUUGGGUACACUGGGGAUGGGGGUUUAAUAUCCUGCAAUCGCAUGGAAGGAAGAAAACUAAAUUAUUGUUUGGAAAGUGCAUCUCAACUUUAACGAUCAAACUUACAAGCAAAUCCGUACUUCCACCUGUGUAUAAAGGUUACGACAGUAACAUUCCUGCCACCCACCCACCCAUCCACCUCCAGUUACGCGGGCUAGUCCAUUUUGUUGUUGUUGAUGUUGUGUAGGAUUUUCCAAAGAUUAACUAUUUAUUAGAUAGCCUUUGAUGAGCUUUUCAAUGUAAGUUGAAUAACAUGGUGAGUGUCUGGUGUUCCCCAUUAAUAGCCGCCAUAAAAACAGAAACAGCAGAAAAUUAGCGGAUUAAGACCUUUUUCCUCAACGACUUUGGUUUCGAAUUCAAGGCCUACCCUAGUUACCUGCAGGAGACAACAAAAAAGUCGACAUUGGUUGGGAGGGUGAAGGAGAGAUCCACAAAGUCCUGCUUUCAAAACGUUUCCCCUCUCGGCCUCUAUCUGACAGCUUCAAAAUUGUCACAUCAAUUUUGUCGUCCGCUGGAGCCAUUGUCAUACUUUUGGUCAAAAAUAAUUAUCAUUGCUGUCAAACUCGGAAAAGCAUGAACGUUAGAAACGUUUUGGAAAUGCUCAUUGUCUUAUGUUGAAUCCCAUUGGGGAUAAGGAAAAGUUAGCGUGCAGCAAACCUUAAAAUAAACACGGGCCGCUUUUGACUGCUUGCAGCUUGCUUUUCACACACUUCUUUGGCUCAGGUCUUACUUCGACACAUAACAUUCCACAAAUCUUUUUGUUGUUGAUAGUUUGCUAAUAAUAAUAAUAAUAAUACUAAUAGGAGAUUAAAAUUUGUGUAAUGUGCAGGUUUCUUUCGUUUCACCAUAGUUAAUUGAGUGGAAUGGUUAUGAAACCCGUCAGACUCCUUUGUUAUAUGUUUUUGUGGACCUGAAAGUGCACAACGUUCAAAAGAAUUCCUAUCAUUUUGUUUGUAUUGACCAAUAAAAACGUUGCAUUAAUUUAUUCCGUAACAAUUUGCCAACAGAAAACAAAGGAUUGUGCACUUUCAGGGUGCUUCCAACAUAAACUGCAGCACUGUUGUUUUUAUCAUUGAUGUUUGCCGCUUUUCAUAACCAGUCUCCUCUAAUAACUAUGGAAAAAACUCACAUUUCUGUUUAUAAGUAGCCUGCCCUUAUGUUACCAAUGACGCCAUAUAUUUUAAACAUAGCAACCAACCACCAUCGCGUGUUGGGUAAAAUGUGUCCAUUUGCAAUAAGAAUACAGUGAAAUCCUGUUAAUCUCUUAUCUGCAAUAAGAAUAGUUAAAAAGUAGUGGCAAAUGAACUUCCUUUUAAUUAUUUUCGCUCAAAACAUGGUCAUUUUUAUCAUAGGUCUGUCUAAAGAAACUCUCAAGAAAAGCUUUCUUGCAAGUGGAUGAAGAAUCCGGAUUUAAUCUGCUCCAGGCGGCUGUCUUUGAAGGAAAAUACAACAUUGUUUUAAAAGCAAGUGGCCUUUUUGGCAACUUUGUAGAAGAGAUGGAACUUACAAAAACAGGAAAAAACGCUAAAGAAUUUAUAGGAAAAACGGCAGUUGACUUCUUGUCUCUCAGAAAGAGAAAAAACCCAUUUCAUAAUGAUAUCGAAAAGAUUUAUGAAAAGUUGGCUGAGGGCAACAGCAGACUGACUGAGCUGCAGUGGGGUACAUGCAAUGAUGAUGAUGUCGAACAGGCAGUUGAACUUGCAUUAAAUGACGGUGUAGAUAUCAAUGCCCCAGGAUCAGACAAUGAUUACACAGCUUUGCUGCAGGCGAGUCGUUCGUCCUCAAGUCAGUUUAUUGAGAUCCUUAUUGAUCUUGGGGCCGACGUUAAUGCCCAAAGGACAGAAUGCAAAGAAACGCCACUAAUGUUAGCAGCUGACUGGAACAACUACAUGGCAGCAAGCUUAAUUUUAAGGCAUGGAGCUGACGUAAAUGUCCAUAUUAGUAAUGGGUGCACGCCACUGCACGUUUCAGUCGAUAAAGGUCACGAAAACCUCGUCAGAUUGUUACUUAAACACAACGCAAAGGUUAAUAUGCAAAAUACUUAUGGAAAAACACCCCUUCACCAAUCAUUCUUAAAAGGUAACGAAACCCUCUGUAGAUUGUUACUUGAACACAAAGCGGAUGUAAAUAUUCAAGAUAAUCAUGGAUACACACCCUUGCGAUGGUGUGCGUUAACGGGUAACGAAACCCUCUGUAGAUUGAUACUUGAACACAAAGCAAAUGUAAAUAUUCAAGAUAAAGGUGGAGAUACACCACUUCAUUGGUGUGCCAGAAAGGGUAACGAAAACCUGUGUAGAUUGUUACUUGAACACAAAGCAAAUGUAAAUAUUCAAGAUAAAGGUGGAGAUACACCACUUCAUUGGUGUGCCAGAAAGGGUAACGAAAACCUCUGUAGAUUGUUACUUGAACACAAAGCGGAUGUAAAUAUUGAAGAUAGAGAUGGAUAUACACCCUUGCACUGGUGUGCUAUAAAGGGUAACGAAAACCUCUGUAGAUUGUUACUCGAACACAAAGCGGAUGUAAAUAUUGAAGAUAGAGAUGGAUAUACACCCUUACACUGGUGUGCCAGAGAUGGUAACGAAAGCCUCUGUAGACUGUUACUCGAACACAACGCAGAUGUAAAUACUGAAGAGGAAGAUGGAUAUACACCCUUGUACUGGUGUGCCAGAGAUGGUAACGAAAACCUCUGUAGAUUGCUACUUGAACACAAAGCGGAUGUAAAUAUUCAAGGUGAAGAUGGAUAUACACCCUUGCACUGGUGUGCCACAGAGAGUAACGAAAGCCUCUGUAGAUUGUUGCUCGAACACAAAGCGGAUGUAAAUAUUCAAGGUAAAGAUGGAUAUACACCCUUGUACUGGUGUGCCAGAGAUGGUAACGAAAGCCUCUGUAGAUUGCUACUUGAACACGAAGCGGAUGUAAAUAUUCAAGGUAAAGAUGGAUAUACACCCUUGCACUGGUGUGCCAGAGAUGGUAACGAAAACCUCUGUAGAUUGUUACUUGAACACAAAGCGGAUGUAAAUAUUCAAGGUGAAGAUGGAUAUACACCCUUGCACUGGUGUGCCACAGAGAGUAACGAAAGCCUCUGUAGAUUGUUACUCGAACACAAAGCGGAUGUAAAUAUUCAAGGUAAAGAUGGAUAUACACCCUUGUACUGGUGUGCCAGAGAUGGUAACGAAAGUCUCUGUAGAUUGCUACUUGAACACGAAGCGGAUGUAAAUAUUCAAGGUAAAGAUGGAUAUACACCCUUGCACUGGUGUGCCAGAGAUGGUAACGAAAGCCUCUGUAGAUUGUUACUCGAACACAAAGCAGAUGUAAAUAUUCAAGGUGAAGAUGGAUAUACACCCUUGCACUGGGGUGCCAGAGAUGGUAACGAAAGCCUCUGUAGAUUCAUACUUGAACACGAAGCGGAUGUAAAUAUUCAAGGUAAAGAUGGAUAUACACCAUUUCACUGGUGUGCUAGAAAGGGGAACGAAAACCUCGGUAGAUUGUUACUUGAACACAAAGCGGAUGUAAAUAUUGAAGGUGAAGAUGGAUAUACACCCUUGCACUGGUGUGCCAGAAAGGGGAACGAAAACCUCGGUAGAUUGUUACUUGAACACAAAGCGGAUGUAAAUACUCAAGAUGAAGAUGGAUAUACACCCUUGCACUGGUGUGCUUUAACGGAAAACGAAACCCUCUGUAGAUUGUUACUUAAAUACAAUGCGGAUGUAAAUAUUGAAGGUGAAGAUGGAUAUACACCCUUGCUCUGGUGUGCCAGAAAGGGUAACGAGAACCUCGGUAGAUUGUUACUUGAACACAAAGCGGAUGUAAAUACUCAAGAUGAAGAUGGAUAUACACCAUUGCACUGGUGUGCCAUAAAGGGCAACGAUAACCUCUGUAGAUUAUUACUUGAACACAAAGCGGAUGUAAAUACUCAAGAUGAAGAUGGAUAUACACCAUUGCACUGGUGUGCCUUAAAGGGGAACGAAAACCUCUGUAGAUUGUUACUUGAACAUAACGCGGAUGUGAAUACUCAAGAUGAAUAUGGUUAUACACCAUUGCACUUGAGUGCGUUAAAGGGUAACGAAACCCUCUGUAGAUUGUUGCUUGAACACAACGCGGAUUUAAAUAUUCAUGAUGAUUGUGGAUAUACACCCUUGCACUGGUGUGCCUCAUUGGGGAACGAGAACCUCUAUAAAUUGUUACUUGAACACAACACGGAUGUAAAUAUUUAA